GGCGGCUGGCGGUGAGGGGCCAAGAUGGCGGCGGUGGUGGAGGUGGAAGUGGGGGCCCCGAUGGAGCACGACCUGGACGAGGUUGAUCUAUCCCAGUUGGGUCCAGAGGAGAGAUGGAGGGUCGAGCACGCUCGGAUGCACGCCAAGCACCGUGGCCACGAGGCCAUGCACGCCGAGAUGGUCCUGAUCCUGAUCGCCACGCUGGUGGUGGCCCAGCUCCUCCUGGUACAGUGGAAGCAGAGGCACCCCCGCUCCUACAACAUGGUGACCCUUUUCCAGAUGUGGGUCGUCCCCCUCUACUUCACGGUCAAGCUGCACUGGUGGAGAUUCCUGGUGAUCUGGGUUUUCUUCUCAGCCGUGACGGCUUUUGUCACGUUCAGAGCCACACGCAAACCGCUUGUCCAGACAACCCCCAGGUUGGUUUACAAGUGGUUUCUGCUAAUAUACAAGAUCAGCUAUGCCACAGGAAUCGUUGGGUACAUGGCCGUCAUGUUCACACUCUUUGGACUUAACUUAUUGUUCAGAAUCAAGCCAGAAGACGGAAUGGAUUUUGGGAUUUCUCUCCUGUUCUACGGCCUCUAUUACGGAGUCCUGGAGCGUGACUUUGCUGAGAUGUGUGCCGAUUACAUGGCUUCUACGAUAGGGUUUUACAGCGCCUCAGGAAUGCCAACGAAGCACCUGUCGGACAGCGUCUGCGCAGUGUGUGGCCAGCAGAUCUUUGUGGAUGUCAAUGAAGAAGGCAUCAUAGAGAACACCUACAGGCUGUCCUGCAAUCAUGUCUUCCACGAGUUCUGCAUCCGGGGCUGGUGCAUCGUCGGGAAGAAGCAGACCUGCCCCUAUUGCAAGGAGAAGGUGGACCUGAAGCGGAUGUUCAGCAACCCCUGGGAGCGGCCCCACGUCAUGUACGGGCAGCUGCUGGACUGGCUGCGCUACCUCGUGGCCUGGCAGCCGGUCAUCAUCGGGCUGGUUCAAGGCAUCAACUACAUCCUGGGACUGGAGUAAGCCCGAUUCCUCCCACCUCCACCCGCGCGCGCCUGGGGAGCUGCGCCCACCGAGCUGCGUGGCAGAGGACGGCACGGAGGCCCAGAGGA